GGCCGCUCCGCCCGGGCGCGGCCCACGGGACGCGGCGCAUGGAGCGCGGCCGGCGCGCUGCCCCGCGGAGGGGCGGCCGGCGCGGAGCCCGCGGCCUCGACACGUUCGCGGCGGAAGCCGAGGCCGCGCUCAGAGCUUGUGUGCAAGGCGAGGGCGACGCGCCGGAGGCGAAGUUCCCGUGUCCUCUGGCGAUGUGGGAGCUCGGGCACUGCGACCCCAAGAAAUGCACCGGCAGGAAACUGGCCCGGAAAGGGCUGCUCCGCACCCUGCGCCUCCGCCAGAGAUUCCCGGGGCUGGUGCUCAGCCCUCUGGCCACGGAGUACGUGUCUGCGGCCGACAGGCACAUCGUUGCUCAGAGUGGCAUUGCAGUCAUAGAUUGCUCAUGGGCCAGAUUAGAAGAAACUCCCUUUAAGAGAAUGAGAGGAGGUCACCUGCGGCUGCUGCCUUACCUGCUGGCGGCAAACCCCGUCAACUACGGCCGGCCCUGCAAGCUCUCCUGUGCCGAGGCUUUUGCUGCAGCUUUUUGCAUUGUUGGAUUCCCAGACCUGGCCACCAUUCUUCUACGGAAAUUUAAAUGGGGUGAGGCUUUUAUUGACUUGAACAAAAAUCUCUUGGAAAAAUACGCAGCCUGUCAUUGCCAGGAAGAUGUGCUGAGAGUUGAAGAGGACUUCUUAGCCAGUGUCCAAGAAAAAAGAGACGAAGAAAUAGAUCCAUUUGACGUUGACUCAGGGAAAGAAUUUUCUAAUCCUAACAGACCAAUCAGUUCCCCAGGGGUAGCACAAAGUAAUGAAGAAUGGGAGGAGGACAGUGUAAGCACUGCAGAUGAUGCCACUGAAAGCAGUGAUGAGAGCAGUCCAGAAGAUGACGAUACUGUCAAGUUGCUGCAAGAGCCAAUAAAUGAACUGUUUGAAAAGUAAGAACAAAUUCCACCCCUAAACCCCAAACAGAAAACCCCACAUACCACGAGAACAUAAAUAAAUACAUGACAAUCCCAAAGAGUUGUAACAUGUUGCAUAAAGAAAUUUUCCUGUGA